AUCUCUAGGUGGCUACGGUAGGUAUCAUGAUAUGAUCGUACUUCUCAUUGGAUGUUUUAGUGGCAUGAUGUUUGGGGGGAUACAUUGUCUGGGCUGGAAUUACUUAUUUCAGAUACAUGCAGAACAUAUGUCAUGGCGUGCAGCUUCCCUUGGGAUAGCGGGUGCGCCGGUACUUCUUUUUCUUGAUAUUGGGUAUCCCAUGUGGGUGGAUGGUGUGGUUGAUUAUCGCGCAUACAUCGUGGUUUUCGUUGCACUCAUCAGCUCGAUCAUAUAUAUUACUGCACGCGUUACACUCAUUGUACUUAUGAUGCUGAGCUUACGGUCACUGCCUCCUGGUGUGUACGACGUAGUAGCUUGGACCACGUUUAUUCCGCAUCUCAAUAUGUAAUUUCAUC